CCACAGCAUGAACCUGAAGAAGUACUUCAUCCGGGCGCUGCACCGCCUGCAGAAGGGCCCCGGCUACACCUACAAGGAGCUGCUGGUCUGGUACUGCGACAACACCAACACACACGGCCCCAAGCGCAUCAUCAAAGAGGGGCCGAAGAAGAAACUCAUCUGGUUCUUCCUAACUUUGCUCUUUGCGUCUCUGGUCUUCUGGCAGUGGGGAAUCCUCAUCAACACUUACCUCUCCUACAACGUCACUUCGUCUCUCUCUAUUGGCUUUAAGACCAUGAAGUUCCCUGCAGUCACAGUCUGCAAUGCCAACCCUUACAAAUACUCGGAGGUGAAGCCUCUGCUGAAAGAACUGGACCGGCUCAUCGAUGCGGCGCUGGAGAGGAUCCUGCAGCCUACACCGGGCAACAGCAGCGAGAACACCUCCGCGCCGCUCGACCUGGAGCUCUGGUACCAGAUCCCCCUGGUCCUCAUCGACGAGCACGACAAAGACAACCCCGUCAUCCUGGACAUCUUUGAGACCAACCAGACCGCUGGGGUCAACCACACUGCCACUGCACCGACCCCGGCCAACACCACGACAGAAGAAAAGAAGUACAAGCUGGCGGUGAAGCUGUGCAGCCACCCGGGCUCCGACAACUGCACGUACAGGAACUUCACCAGCGCGGCGCAGGCGGUGACCGAGUGGUACAUCCUGCAGUCCACCAGCAUCCUCUCCAAAGUGCCCCUGCAGGAGAGAAUCAGGAUGGGCUACCAGGCAGAGGACAUGAUCCUGGCCUGUCUCUAUGGUGCUGAACCCUGCAACUACAAGAAUUUCACCCAGAUCUAUCACCCCGACCACGGUAACUGCUACAUCUUCAACUGGGGCAUGGACGAAGAGGCUCUGAAUUCCUCCAACCCAGGAGCCGAAUUCGGGCUGAAGUUAAUCCUGGACAUCAGCCAGCAGGACUACAUCCCUUACCUGUCAUCCGCCGCCGGGGCCAGGCUCAUGCUGCACCAACAGAAGAGCUUCCCCUUCCUGAAGGAUCAGGGCAUCUAUGCAAUGGCUGGGACAGAAACCUCCAUCGGGGUGCUGGUGGACGAACUGGAACGGAUGGGUUAUCCCUACAGCGACUGCACCAUGAACGGGUCUGAUGUCCCUGUGAAAAAUCUCUAUAGCCAGUACAACACCUCCUACUCCAUACAGGCUUGCCUGCGCUCCUGCUUCCAGAAUGACAUGAUUGAGAUCUGUGGAUGUGGUCACUAUAUGUUUCCUUUACCUCAAGGGGUAAAUUACUGCAACAACGAAGAUUACCCAGGCUGGGCAUACUGCUACUCAUCACUGAGGUCAAGUAUAAGGCACAGACAGAUCUGUAUCGACUCUUGUAAGGAAACAUGCAACGACACGCAGUACAAGAUGACCAUCUCCAUGGCAGACUGGCCGUCCGAAGCCUCCGAGGACUGGAUUUUCCAUAUUCUGUCUUAUGAAAGGGAUAUGUCAACAAACGUGACUCUGGACAGGAACGGGAUCAUCAAGUUGAACAUCUACUUCCAGGAGUACAACUACCGCACCAUCUCCGAGUCAGCCGCCACGACG